AUGGAUUGGCUCGAAAAUUUGCCCUUGGUGCCUGCUUCGGAACUACAGGAAACUGCACAUUUAGGAUGUUUCAUAUGGUAUCAAAGUCUAAAACAGGCCCAAUGCAAACAUUAUAGUACGCAAGUUGCUUUCUGGGCUAUGGAACCUCAAAUGUGA